AUAUCUAAUCGGAAACUCUUUCGAUUUUUGCCGUGAUUUGAAGAUAACGUCAAUGAUUUCCGGUUAAAAUGGAGUUAGACUCGUGUAUUGGGGCUGUGAAUGCUAUGAAAAAGGCGUUUAUUUUGCUUUUUAUGACAAUUUUGAUCGACAAAACGUCGGGGCGAUUUGAUUAUGAGUACGUUACAUGUGGAUCUACUUUGAAGCUGAAAAAUAACUACCAUGGUGUCCGGUUACAUUCACAUGAUGUUAAAUAUGGAUCAGGAAGUGGCCAACAGUCUGUGACAGCAGUAGAUUCUACAGAUGACAAUAACAGUUACUGGCAAAUCAGGGCCAAAACUGGAACAGAAUGCACUAGAGGAAAUCCAAUCAAGUGUGGACAGACAGUUCGACUCCUUCAUGUAACAACUCGGCGGAAUCUUCACAGUCAUCAUUUUCAGUCUCCUCUGUCAAGGAACUUGGAAGUUAGUGCUUUUGGAGAAGAUGGAGAAGGGGAUGAAGGGGAUCACUGGGUUGUUACCUGUUCGGGAAAGUACUGGAGCAGAAAUGAAAAAAUAAGAAUUAAAAAUGUAGUCACAGAAAAUUACCUACAUGUAGCUGGGGACACUUUUGGUCGACCAAUUCACGGUCAGAGGGAGGUCAGUGGGUACCCCUCUCCCUCAGAAAUGAACUACUGGCAGGCAGCAGAGGGGAUAUUUAUCAAACCUUCAGACCCCCCUCAAGGAGUGAAGGAUACUCAUGAUGAAUUGUGAUAAAAUCUAAGUUAAUAGAUCUUAAUGUAAGGAAAUUCCUUUUGAAUGUUUUAUUUUGUACGAGUAUGUUAUUAAAUGACAAAUUAAAUGUUAUGUGAAUAUAAGGUUAUGAGUGUAAUAUUCUUUUCAGGAAAUCAUAGUAUGAUACUUCAUGCAUUGAUGUAGAGGUCAUUAAAACAUAGAACUUUUCUGCUGUGUUUUGUUUGGCUGUCUCAUGUCACUGUUAAUCUGUUUGACUCUGUCCAUAAUUUUUACAGAUUGCACAUGUAUGUAUGGUUUGCCAACAGUCUGAUAAUUCUUCUUCAUAUGUUUUUGUUCAAAAGUGUACCUAUGUGUAUUUCAUGUCAUACACUACAGUAGAAGAAUCUGUUGUUUCUUCAGAUGGAUACUCAUAUAUUUUUUAAUUCAUCUUAAAUUACAUUAAUAAGAAUUACAUGUUUGGACUUCAUUUGUUUUCAGCAAGUAUACAUGUAUGUAUUGUAAAGGACUGGUUUAUUCAUCUGUCAUUGUUUCUAAGUGGUUGGUCUUUGUUAUGACAUUGAUCAAAGAACAAACUCGUGAAAUAUCAGUUAAGUCAUGUAUAUCAGAAUUCUACAAGUAUUUAAAUGAAAUUUUAUUGUUUUAGUUUACUGAAUGUGUAUUUUUUUUUUUUAAAAGAAACAUACUGAUGUUGUCAGAUGAAUUAGGUUCCAAAUAUUGUGUGAAUUGUGACUUGUUUUGUUCAUUGUUAUUACUGAUAUGUAGAUCUCUUGAUACAGUGCAUUGUACAAUUGUGUGUAUAGGCUUCACAUUUUCUGUAAAAUUGGACAUUUUAGGUAAGACUUUAGUAGACUGUCCUUUCAGAAAUAUGUUUGCAUCUUUUUAUAGGGGGGAUGAUUUUUAUUAAACAAGUAAAAUAAAAUCCAUUGUGAAUGAAGAAUAAAUUUGCCUUGCCUAAUUGGCUGCACUUUUUUCCACUAUGUACACUGUAUGCAGUUAUUUAUUAUAAACAAUAAUGUUUUUUUUCUCUGUAGCCUGUAUUUUGAGAAUUUAUUUUAGGAUUUCUUGCAUUCCCUAUGAAAUUCAUAGCAUGCAUGUAAAAAUCAGCCUGUGGCUUAUGCAAAAACAUUAUUUCAAUUCAAAAUGAUUAUUCUGAAGUGUUGUAAUUUAGUAAAGUAGGCAUUUCUUUCCUGUAUAUUAGAACAAGCCUUUGAAGAAAAAAAAUAAAUAGUGGGAAAUACAUGUAAUUAACGGUGUGAUGUAAAUUAUUUCAGACACUCGUGGACAAUAUUACAUAAUUACAUGUAAGAUCACUUAAUGAACACUAUUAGAUAUCAUAUUGGCAGAUGCUCGAAGUAGGUCAUUGAAUAUUAGAAUAUAUUAUAGGAUUACCAAACUUACAUUGGUGAAUAUUGGCACCAGUUGGCUGUACAAAUGCACGAGCUUGUGAGUGCAUUUGUACAGCCAAGUCAUGCCAGUAUUCACCAAAAUAAGUUCGAUAACUCUUUUAUUAUAAAGCUAAAACAUGUCCUAUUGAUUUAUAUUAACUAUUUCAAUUAAAUAACACAAAAUAAAUGAGAAUUUUUCAG